AUGAAGUCAAGAUUUCUAAGAGGGUGUAUCAACAAAUGCAAGAAAAUGGGAAGCAUAGUAAAAACAUGUGCCACUUGUGAAGAUUUUUGUGAAAGAGGGUUAUGGUUAUCUCUGCAUGAGAGUUGCUCUAUACCAAGUGAUGUUCCAAGAGGCCACAUGGUUGUAUACGUUGGUGAGAAUCAUAAAAGAUAUGUUAUCAAAAUUGCAUUGCUUCAUCAUCCACUUUUCAGAGCCUUGUUGGAUCAAGCUCAAGAAGAGUAUGAUUUCAGUAUUGAUUCAAAACUAUGUAUUCCUUGUGAUGAACAUCUUUUCCUCAGUGUUCUUCGUUGUGCUGGUUCUCCACAGAAUCAAGGGGUGUGUUUGUGUCUCUGA